UGUGCGUGCAAGGAACCUUUCCCAAGUUUUCGCCGGUUGGCGUUCUAACACUACUACUAUUAUCCGCUACUACUCGCUGAUGCCAGUACUCGCUACUACUAGUGCUACAAACAAUAUUGUAAAUGUCACAUAUCAUACGCAAUCAUCGUUACAAUCAAACUAAGAGUGAUGGAAUUAACGAAAUUGUGUAAUCUCUCCCUGACCGCAACCGCACCGUACACUACACGAAAGCCAAUGUUGAUAAUCGUUGCGUUAGAAUCCGUAUAAGAAAACAUGUAGUAUAUAGCGCGUUAAUUGCAAUAAACAAAACCCUAAACAGUUCGUUAUCACGGUCGUCUAGAAUUGAUUCGAAAUGGGUGAGCCAUUUUUUUUGCUGCCACGAUGCGGUGCUCCAGUGCGACAGUUUCACUUUCCCACUGCACAGUCGUAACAUUGCUGUGUCGCGGAUCGGAAGUUGCGUAGAAUACGGGUCUCGUGGAAGUGCAAUGCUGAUAAUCGGUUGAAUAGAAUGUGCUGUGCUAUUUCUUAACCGUGCAACCCUAUAACCAUUGUGUGAGAUUACUGUUAGUGAGAAAGAAACAGAAAAAGCUAUAAAUAAUCGGUGUGUUUGUGUGAAAGUGUGAUCUUUACGCAAAAUAAUAGCGAUCGUUCGAUCAACGGUUGGAUCGAUUGUUGUCGAUGAGUAUGACAGAACCUACCCGUACCACCGCACCACUUACCCCGAUCGAUGAAACGCCAGCGGAGAACACAAGCAAUAGCUUGAUCCAGAUGUCGUCUAUCGAUCAGCCGGAAGAACACGCCAACGAUCACAUCGAAAUGCGUUCGAUUAACAAUCUCGAGGAUGGUGCGAACAGUUUGACGGAGGUGGACGGUAGACGGAAGACACGCUCGAGCCAGACACAAUCGUACGACAUACACAAGGGAAUCGCUGAAAGUGCCAUGGACAUUUCACUGCUGACCGCAAACGCUAACCAGCUGCGUUUGCUGAUGACGUACAACGAGAAGUCACACACGUACGUUGCCUGCAUAGCGUUGGUCAUUACCUCGCUUGUGUUGCAGAUUUUUGUGGCCAGCGGUGUUAUCAUUGUGAAGAGCUACCCAUCAUCCAAAAAGAACCAUCGGAUUUAUCAGCUUAAAGUGUGCAUCUCCAUCUUGGUGUCGAUCGUAACGGUGAUAAACAUCCUAGUGGCUUCGUUGGUUAUCACCGAUAAAUAGUGUAGCUCAACGUCCA